UCUCUGUUUAGAGUUCAUGCCCCGAGCCUAUGUAUUCUUUGCCCGAGCGUACAUUCUGGAAAUUAUUAUAGUUGGUUUUUAGGUUAUUUCUCUGUCUUGGAAAGAAACUCGGAUUUGUUUACUUCGCAGUGCAAUACCGAGAGAAUGUCCACGAAAUCGUCCGUCGAUUUGAGGGCAGAACUGGCUGAACUCGUUAAACGUAAAGCAGAAAUAGCGGACACACUGGCAAACUUAGAAAGGCAAAUAUAUGCCUUUGAGGGAAGUUACUUAGAAGAUACGCAACUAUAUGGCAAUAUUAUUAGAGGUUGGGAUCGCUAUUUAGCUAGCAACAAAAAUACAAAUAGUAAAGCAGAUAAGAGAAACAGAAAAUUCAAGGAAGCCGAACGAUUGUUCUCCAAGUCUUCCAUAACGUCCAUGGCGGCGGUAAGCGGUUUGGUGGAAAAUGCACAAGAAAAAAUCGAACGGUACAGUGAGUCAGAAUCUCAGAUCGGAAACAGUGGCAGCGAGGACAAUUGCAAUUUUGGCAAUUCUAACGCGAUCCCGUCGAGUAAUAGUAAAGAUUCCAGUGGCAAGAAUCACACGUCCAUUCAGUCUGGAUACUCUCAGAAUAAUGGGACACUGAGCAAUGCUGACAGCAACGUUCAAUUUACCAAUGGAACCAUGUCGAACGGAACCUUAGAGCACACUUCGACACCAGCUAAGGAUAGUCAUAGUAAUAGUAAGGACUCCAACCGAAAUAGGUCGAUGAAUAGUGCUAAAAAGAAUAGCAAUAAGAGAUCUAGGAACAGAUAGAGGUAUCUGCGACAGUCGUCUGUACUUCUUGCUUUGGCGUUCUAUCGAGGAACAUUCGGUCGAUUAGGUACAAAUUUUUCACGUUAAUAGUUUGAUGUACAAAUCGCCUGUAGACACGGUACCGUAUUGGUAAUUAUAAGAUUAAUGUUCAUAGGUAUAUAUAUCUAACUUUCCGCUCUCGUUUCUAACGUUCAUUGACGCUCCUGUGAGUCUGUAAUUAUCGUUAGGGCAGAUAAUCAAAACGAAGUAUGUGUGAUUUUCUUUUCCUCCUAGUAAUCCAGUUACCUUGAUUGAUCAUUAUCGAGGCAGAAAAUUAGACAUAAGUAUUAGGGGAAGUUUCUUUUCUGUAACUUCACCGUAUGUAAUUCGCGGGUUUAUACGCGAUCGAGGAAAUGCCGGAAGAAAGGGGCGAAACCUAAACUCUAUACGGCAGAGCCAUUUGUUACACGAGUCACUCUCGUUUGUAAUUCCAUAUAAUAAAAGUCUAACUGGAAUCAUGGUUAAUGGAUUUAACAGUUGUCGCUUUGGCGGGACACUAUGUCGAAAUGAUAUGCUUUAGGUUCCACUACCGUCUCGGGCUUAAUAAUUCUGCCUCGCGAGUCUAUUAACGGUAUACUCUCCAACACUUCCAUAGAUUAACACUUUUAUAAAUACCUAAUUUUAUUACUUUUGUAUUAAAUGUUCAUCUGAUUUUGUA